GGCAAGUGCAUCGAAAAAAAGAAAAAGCUAGCAGAUCCCCCCACGGUAGCCGUCACAACACAAUGGCAUCCCUACUGCGGAGGCUUGCCCCGUUGGCGCCGAGGAAAUCCUCGGUCUCGAUGGCGACGGGCCGUUGCUGUUUCGGAAACACCGCUUUCGCCCCGUCGAAGGGUGCCGGCGCAGCGCCAAUCCAGCUGCACACCGAAUGGAUCGCACCGACGGCUUCCAAGGACGAGAACGACACCGGUGGCGGUGGCGCACGCGAACAAGACGGGCACUACACCAUGCUGUUCCUGCACGGUCUCCUGGGGUCCGGGAGGAACCUGAGAUCCUUCGCCCGAAAGGUCGUCCGGCAGGAGUCGUCGGCCGGGGGAUCGCUCUGCCACGGCGGGAUUCUGGUGGACCUGCGCGGGCACGGCAGCACCUUUCGGGAGCAGCAGCGCCGGGAAAAGGACGGAUCGGCCUGCGACGACGCCUCCACCUUUGGAGACUGCGCCCGAGACAUCGAGCACACGCUCCGCGGCGGAAGCACUCCGAAGCAUCCGGCAGAGGCACCUCCGGCCCGCGUGCUGGUCGGCCAUUCCUUCGGUGGGAGGGUCGCGCUGGAGUACGCCGCGGGCCUCGCGGACACGGAGCCCCUGGGGGCACUCUGGCUGCUGGACACGGUUCCCGGCGAGGCCAACGAGAGCGUCGACCGUGUCCUGGCCACCAUCACGAAGGUUCUGGGCGACGCGAACCGGGGCGGCAACCAAAAAGUGCCGACGAAAAAAGAAAUCGUCUCGGUUCUCACCGGGCCGCCGCACGGCAUGGACCUCCCCACGGCCCAGUGGCUCGCCAUGUCGUACGACGAGGAAUCGGGGGACAACUUUGGCUUUGACAACGAUCUCGUCACCCGGUUGAAACCGGAAUUCGAGCGACAGGAUUUCCUCGGGUUGCUCCGGGGCGUGCUGCGGGCGGAGCGUCCCGGCACCGGGGCCGCGAGCAGGACCCAGGUGCACGUGGUGCGGGGGGGGAAGAACAGGGGGUGGACGGUGCCGAUCCUCUCGGAACUGGAAAAGGUGAGGAAAGAAUUCCCCGCAAACUUCCACCUGCACGUGCUGCCCUCCGCGGGGCACAACGUCCACAUCGACGACACGGAGGGGCUGGUCCGGUUGUUUGCCGGGCGAUGACGACGACGAGGCCGAUGCGAUGCGGUGCGACGCGAUCCAAUGCGAAACCGUUCACUAGACGGCGAAACAAAACACAACAGGGAAGGAAUGAUCGGUACCAGCACAGCAAUUGCGAAAGAAAGAUAUAGACGACCUUCUCUAGACAACCAUCUGUAGAAUAUUUCACGUAGGAUGCUAUUGCAUUACACUAGUCAAUUUGUUGUAACUAGUUUGGACUUUCGAGUACCGUAAUUUCUGGUGUGUUGAGUCCAAAAAAGGUUAUUUUUUAUUUUCAUGGUCUCGUCUCGAGGAAGGAAUGCAAAAGCGAUCCCAAUAGUGAAUAGUAGGGUCACGCGCAGUAGACGAAACCUUAGAUCCACAUUGGCUUUUUAGUUUGGACGGACGAACAUGGAAUGUCGAGCACCGCAUUUACUGGUGUGUUGAAUCGAAAAACGUUUUGUUCAUAAUCUAGUCUCAGAAACGUAUUCCAAAGAUGAAGAGGGUAAAUUGAAGGCAGCCAACAACUUCUUCCUGGCGUUCAUGCUGUGUAGACGAAACCUCAGAUGGACAUCUUUCUCGAUUCAAGAAACAGCUGGAGUUCGUCGAAAAUAAUAUUUUGAGAUAUCGAUAAUUUUGUUGCUAAGUACAUAGUGUAGUGGUAGUGUAUAAUAAAUAAGAAGUUUCCAUCAAGUUUGAAGCAUGUUCCUUAUUUGCUGACGGCGUUGAUGAUUUCGUCAUAGAUGACCAAAACAAGUGCAGCACCGGUUCCACGAAGAACGUUAGCAAGGGCUCCCUUGAAGAAUCCACCGGGUCCUUCCGUCUUGAGGAUCUUUCCGAAGCAGUCGGCCAUGCCGGUGUACAUUUGUUCUCCCUUAGGCUUGGAGGCCUCGAUUUGGAGACGACGUUGCAUGGUGUCGAAUGGGUAGGCGACAACUCCGGAGGUGGCGACGGCGACCUGGGCGACACAGAAUUUGGAGGCAAGACCGAUGGCGGUGAAAUCCUUUUGGUAAGGGUUGAAGGCCUUGAGGAUAUCCUGGAGACCGAACUGGGCUCCACGGUAGACAACAAUACCAACAGUGGAAGGUCCGAUUCCGUUGUAAAGCGACGUGAAACCGUUGCCCUUGACGGUCUUCUUCAAGCAAUCCCACAUACCGUUGUACUUCUUCUCCUUUCCAAGAUCGGCUCCGAGGACGGUUCGGACGUAGAUAAGAGGGUAGACAAUGGUGUUGGUGGCUCCUCCGGCGGCGGAACCAGAGGCAACCUGGGCAGCGGCGAACUUGGAGAAUUCGGUGUUCUUGUCGUACUUGGGGAACAUUCUCUUGAUGGUGUCCUUGAAGGCCAAGUUGAAGGCGGCGGUAGGAACGUAUCGGAUGCAGUUAGCAAAGUUUCCACGCCACAAAGAGCUGGGUCCGAGUUCGGCGAUGUGACGCUUGAAGGCAUCUCCCAUACCGGUGUAUCGCUUCAUUUCACCAGAAAUGACACGAGGGUCAGAGUCCUGGUUCUGGAUGGCGAGCUUAACCUUCUCCA